AUGCCUCGUAAGCAGUUCAAGGCCGAUCUGGACGAGGCCAUCAAUGGCAAGCACAGUCUCGAGCACAUCGACAAUUGCUGCGUUCAUGAAGACGGUUUCACAUUUACAUUUGCUCAUCCAACACUCGAAUCGCCUGUCACCAUCACCGUUAGCGUUCCAGAGCAAUCUGACUAUCCCACCGCCCACUACUACACACUCUUCUGCGACGACGAUGCACCAAAGGAUAUCGCCGAGAUCGUAGACAAGCUUGGCCAGCCGACGAGCAUGACCAUCAACCAGUUCCUCUCACACGUCUCUGGUGCUCUCUCUGGUUCAUCUGAUGCUGAGCCCGAUGCUGAAUCUUAUACUGAGCCAUUGCAAGAUCACGACUCGGACGAUGAGUCGGAUGAUGAUUACAUCUAUAGCGAACAUUUUGACGUCUCUUCAAGGCCCGCCUUUGUCAUACCUACCAAGACGACGCACGCGAACCCGUCCAGCCAGUUCCAAUCUCGCGUUCGCAGCGAUCUCAGAAUGGCAAAGGAUGCUGGCUUCAAGGUCGCUUACUUUGGCGGUCUUCUCGACAACUACAGCUGUGUGAUUUCCGUGUCUAUCUCUGCUCGCAAGCUCGGCAUCUCGCAAGAGGCCAUGCAAGCUUGGCGCAUCGAGUCUUCCGACUACAUCAUCUUACUUCUUCAGUAUAAGGAAGGCUACAAAACUAAAGAAGAACUCCUCGCUCUCAGCCCGUCUUCUGUCUCUGCACAUUUAGAGAUGCGUGUCGGUGCCUCCAAGAACUACAAGCCAACACAAGACCAAGUCAUCAACGCUUUUACCGUCAUCGGCACAUCAGCGACCCAAGAUUCAGGUUCAGCGCAAUUCCGCGAUACUUUCAUUUCCAAACCUUUAAAGGACCUCUUGUGCGAACGUCUUGUCUUUCUCGUACGUUACAGAGAUGGCGGCAUGUCGUGGCAGGGCGCCGAGGACUCGUACAGAAUGAGACAGAACAACCCCGAUACUGAAGUGAACACUAUUGCUCAACACUUCCAGAGAGAGGCAACCCCGAGCUACCCCUCUGUGGUCACUGCAGACCACCUGGAUGAUCCUACCUGCGAGACACACUCUUUCCCUCUCGCCGCUAUGCAGUUUACGCUGCGCCACUUCGUCCGUUGCACAGAAUUCUGUCUGGUUUGCCACAAAAAGCUUUCUACCACAGUCGAAGCACUCAAACCUUAUGUCUGCGAUGAACCUCUAUGUCUUUACCAAUACAUGACUCUGGGCUUCGGUCCUUCGAUCGAGCAUGAGAUCAUGCACCAAGACAAGGUCGUUGACUUACUCCUUAGCUUUUGCUACAGCAGUGCCUCUCUGGGAAGACUCAAGACCUUCCCUACAGGUCUUUCUUUGAGCUUGCCUCGUUCAAUCACCUUGCCAAUUCAGGAACAGAUUCGCCACCUGUAUGGCACAGUCGCGCAGCCUCCAGCAGCCUCUCCUUCGAGACUCGAAGGUCGACUCCAAGCUCGCUUUGACAUUACCAAAUCAGAGAUAUUGUUCGACGACGCUAACUCAAAUUGCCCUCUCAGGAAGGGUGACUGGAUCGCUAUCGAGCUGCCAGACGAACCUGGAAGUCCUUCGUUUCACUGCAGGAUUCAGGACACACUUGGGCCUUCCGCCACGACUGGUCCCCUGGUAGGACAGGUCACUCUAGAUUCCAAGACUGCUAAAUGGUGCACGGCCUUCAUCGACAAGUACGACACCAAUUUUGAUGACUUGCAAGACAGCGAGAAGCGCGGUGCUGUACAGAAUCUACUGGCUUUGCUUCCAUCAGUCCGGAAGAUGAAGACUUAUCUCCUGGGACAGAGUACUCCAGACCUGUCUCGAUGGGUUGAUACUAUCUCACCCGCCGCGCUAGCCAUUCUGCGUUGGACCUUGGCCUCGAACCGCUCCUGCAUUGUCGAGGUCGACCACCACCAGGCGGUACAUGGUAUGUCAAGUUACGUACAGUUCCGCUUCGCUAUGGGAGCACCCGACAAAGAAGCUCGUUUCACGAAGGCCGUCAAAGAGACUGCAGAUCGACUGAAGUCCAAGUACCCGACCUUCUAUGCCUGGCACGGAAGCAUGCUCCAAAACUGGCACAGUAUUAUUCGUGAGGGCCUACACUUCAAUGAGACGCUCAAUGGCCGUGCCUAUGGAAAUGGUGUUUAUCACUCUCCGCACUACAACACCUCGCUUGGCUAUUCCGGCAUGCAUCCGACAUAUCAAGGAAGCGUCCCAGGACCAUACAUGUGGCCAAACUCGGACUUGCAGAUUUCAGGCGCGAUUGCUCUCAAUGAAAUCGUCAACGCGCCUGAAGAAUUUGUUUCCAAGACACCUCACUACGUAAUCAGUCAGCUGGAUUGGAUUCAAACUCGCUACCUGUUUGUGAAGUGUGGUGCCAGCGCUAAUGACGAGAUGUCCAAGUUCGACCAGCUGCCAGAGCACAGGCUAGAACAGGAUCCCGCCCGCAUUCCUACUGGUGAGCUAUCUCAGAUCGUCAUUCCAGCACUGCGUAUCAAGACUCCAAAGCGCAAGCUUGCCAACACCAAGUCACCUGGUCCGAAGAAGACGAAGAAGGUGAAGGGCUUGCUGAAUAAGAUCACCAACCCGUCACAAGUUAUUGACUUGACUGGCGAUACCGAUGAUGGAAUCCAGCCCGUCUAUGACGAUGGUGAGCUAAGCGAUAGCUUAAGUGUGGCUACUGAUGAUGAAGACCUUGAGAUCUUCAAAGAUCCACAGCCUCAACAGCAGCUGGCUGUUAGAACAGGCCCGCCGCAGACCGAUUUUAUUCCAGGUUCACUGGACCAUGACCAGCUUCCCAAACUACCCGAGCCUUUGUAUGCCAACCCCAAGGCAAGCAAGAGACUGGCACAAGACUUGAAGGCCCUGCUCGAGAUCCAGGAAAAGACACCACUUCAUGAGCUCGGCUGGUACAUCGACCCCAGCAAAGUUGAAAACAUCUAUCUUUGGUACAUUGAAUUACAUAGCUUUCAUAUGUUCAACGAGGAGAACAAGGUGCUGCCUCUUGUCACCGACAUGAAAAAGUAUAACGUCAAGAGCAUCGUCCUCGAGCUUCGCUUCCCUGGCUCUUAUCCUGACAACCCGCCAUUUGUCAGAGUCGUUCGUCCUCGCUUUCUUCCUUUCGCGAAUGGUGGCGGCGGUCAUGUCACUGCGGGAGGCGCUAUAUGCCACGCCGUCCUCACCACAGACGGCUGGCUAUGCACCACCACCAUCGAGUCUAUCCUGCUUCAGCUUCGUAUGGCCAUGGCCUCAAUUGAUCCAAAGCCUGCACGCUUGCAGAUCAGGGGCACCUCUGCUGACGGCAACCACAACUCGUAUGGCACUGGAGAGGCCGUUGAGGCUUACAAGCGCGCUUGCAUGGCUCAUGGCUGGACUAUUCCUGCUGAUUUCGACCAGACUGUCGCUGAACAGCCUUAA